AUGUCGCAGCACGGGCCCAAAUUAAUAGAUCUCUUUGAAAAAGCCACCUCUGACGAAUUAAAGGAGCCUGACUAUGGUUUAAACCUUGAAAUUUCAGAUCGCAUGAAUUCUCGCCGCCGCUAGUAACAUUUACUUAGUUGUCUAGAAGGAAUUGAGUAUUUUAAACAGCUUUUUAGAUCAACAGAUCUGAAAACCAUUGAGCUUACAUUAUCUCUCCUAGAAACUUGUGUAAAAAAUUGUAAUAGUCAUUUUCAUCGCUAUUUGAGCAAUCGUGAAUUUAUUCCAAGUUUCACGCAGCUUCUUAAAAGACGAAGAAGAAAGCUAAAUCUGGUUGAAAAGAUGGCUGGACUCUACAAGAAUCCUGGCUGAAGAAAAGUUGAAGACCGCGUUUUGUGCUUAAUUCAGCUCUGGGCAGACACCUUUAUGAUGCAUGAAGACACAUACCCAUCCUUUAUGAAAAUUUAUAGAGAAUUAAGAAAAGAAGGAUUGAAAUUCCCAGCAAGAGAUCCUAAUGAAAGAUUUAUGAUCAAAUUUGAUGGAGACCCAUCCCCUGCUUUUGAAUUAUGCCCUCUGCUUAUGAAUAAUUCAUUUAUUUUUUUCCAGUUAAAGCUGAUUUAUUUUAUUUACAGCCGAGGAUUAUUCACUUGUAGAGAUUAUAGCUGAUAUGGAGCAGCAGCUUAAAGGAUCAUCAGAAAGGGACGUCUUGCCUCGAAAGGUAACACCUCCAAGAGCAAAAGUCCCAGCUAGAGGAGGGCUUGACGAAGAUGAAGAGCCAAAACUAAUGCAAAGCGACAUUGAUGCUUUGAAGAGAAACUUACCUAUGCUAGAAGAUAUAAUUGCUAGAACUAGAGAUGUCAGAGAACUUCAAGAGCCAAGUGUAAAAGAAGUCGUAGCUCCCCUCUCCACCAGUGAACAAUAUCAUUGGAAAAAUCCUUUUUUUGAGGAAAAAAACCUCCAUGAGCGGGCAAAAAAUUUUAUAAUAUAAAAAUUUUUAUGUAAAAAUAUUUUGAAUAUAAAGUGAUAAUUAUUAUGAAAUCUAUAGCUGAUCCUGCUUAAUUUUAAACGGUUGCAUUUUAAUAUAUAAAUUUUGUAAAUUAAAUAAAUAUUUGCUUCAAACUUGAAAAAAAUUAAACCCCCUCUGUAAGUAAUAUUUUUUUGCUUGCUCACGGAGGGGGAGUAAGAAACUGCAGAUCCGCACAAAAGAAAUUAAUUUGGGUCAUUUCUUAUAAAGCCUCUAACAGUACAGAUGAAAGAGAGACUGUCGAGCUAUUAGGGAUCAUGGAUUUUAUAAAUUCGAAAAUGGAAAGCUUUAAAACUGCUGUAGGAGUUAUUAAAAGAGGAGGGUCAAACAAAGAAGUAGUUGAUGUGCUGAAGGGCAAAACAAAUAAUGAAGAUAAUUUGUUGGAUCUCGGUGAAGAUUUUUUAAUCCAUCAUUUAACAAUAAAAUACUUGCUAAAGAUAAAAUUAAUUAAUUAAUUCGAAACAAUUAGAGAUUCUUUUAAUUUUUAAUCUUUUCAGUAUUUCCCUUUUAUAUUAAUUUCAAAUAAAUAAAAAAAUUCAAUAAGACUGCAAGAAAUACUUAUUUGGGAUUCAGAGAGCUAGAAAUUCAGGAAAAUCCUUUAGAUAAACUAGAAAAAUAUGUUUGGGGAAGACAACCUGAGCCAGAGAGAAUACCAGAAAUUAGAGCACAACCUAAAACUCCGCCUCCUGAAAUUCCAAAAAUAGAAGAACCUCCUCAUCCUGGGAGAAAGCUUGCUCCUUUACCAGAUUUAUUACUUGAUGAAGCUGAAGAUUAUACUCCAACCCCUCAUAGAGAGCAAGAAAACGGUUCUUAUAAAGGAUGCAAGAUACGGUAUAUACAUGAAAUAGAGAAUCAGUAUGAAAUAAAAGAAAGAGUCAGCGUUUCAUAAUAAUAAGAAAUCAUUAUGCACUACUGUGCAAAUUUUUUAUUAGUUCACGAAAAUAGAAGAAUCUGGAGCUACACAAAAAUCAAUACAGUGAGUCUUUAAAAUAAAGCCCUUCAAUUAAGCAAAAUAGAGAUUGAGCAUUGUAGAAAUGCAAGCAACACUCUAUAUAAUUUGCGAGAAUUUAAUGAAUAUAAAAAAGUUGGCAAAUGCCUGUUUCAAUAAAAAACUAUGUUUUGCUCUUUAUUGUGAGCUAAUUGCAUUACAUAACGAUUUUCUUAUCGCUAUUAAACGGUGAAUCUUUUUUAUUGUUGACAUAUUGAUUUCUUAUAUCCUAUACGUCCUAUAUCUCUUUAAUUUAAUAAAACUUAAGAAAACCCAUAUCGCACUUAAAUGAUUAUAGCAGGAUAUUUAUAAUGCUCACUUAUAGUAAAUGCCAAAGACUACUCUUGAAAGUAUAAAUUCCAUAUGACUUGCAAUCUAUUUUUUCUCAGCCUAUGCAACCUCCAGUUCAGCCUGCUUAUCAAACUCCUGGAUUUAAUCCUCAAAUGCAAGCCCCACCUCAAGUACCAAUAGGCUAUCCUCCAGUUUAUCAAAGCCAGCCUAUGCCUCAGCCUCUAUAUAAUCCUCAGCUUAAUCAAGGAUAUCUUCAACAACCAUUCCCUCAGCCUUAUGUCCAGCCUCCUCAAGCCCAACAAAGAGAUGAGUUUGAAGAUUUCUUUGCAGAAAUAGCUAAUCGAAGAUAA